AAGCUCCCUUCACCUUUUUUCCCACCUGGCUCAACUCUUUCCUUCUGUCUGGGAGGAAAUCCACCUUCCUGCACGACAAUUCAAUCGCUUCAGGCUCUAAUCACUGGUUAUCAUCGUAUUCGCGCCGACAUUCACUGAAUAUGUCAUAGUCUGUCCAGUCUGUCCAAUACUGUCCACUAUCAGUCUUUCUCCUUCCCUUGCCCAGCAAGGCGACUGAAGUAAAGGACGUGUUUGACUAUUUCAAUAUAUUUCUUGACCCGAACGCGCCGCAAUGGAUCCUCCGCCGAAAGCUGUUUCGCGUCACUCAAGUAUACGAUCAUCCAGCGCAGAAUCCGACCAGUCGCAGCAAUUCGGGCGCCUGCCAUCGUCUUUGAACGCGGAGCGGGCCGCCGCUAGCCUUCCAGAGGCUGUCGCGCCUGCGUCGACAUCUCCAAAUUCCACAGCCCUCACAAAAACCUCAACUUCAGUAUCCUCCAAAUCCUCAGAUGUCGACUUAGGUAUAGCAGCUGCAGCGGCUCCACCGCCUCUGGCCAACCAACCGCGACCCCACUCCUCGCACGUCCCCUCUGUCUCGUCUCCGCUCCUCGCCAGCUCUUCCGAUGAUUUGAUCCUGGGCGAAUCGCAGACUGAUGUCUCGAGAAGAACUAGUGAUGGAUCAGAAAAUGUCCCUGACCGAUCGCAAGUCCAAGGCGCAAGGCUCUUACCUCCACCUAGCAGUCGACCCAUACCUCGCCCUGGUCCAAGGGGCCCGAUUAACAGAAGUACACCAGGACUGGGCCUCGAGCAUCGCAACUCUUCCGGCGCCCUCACUGUGCAUGACUUGGGGACCGAUUACACACGUUACUACAAUCCGUUCUCCGACAGUCGGAGGAGCUCCUUCUACGACAACCCUCCCAAAACCCCAUCCUCUCAAAACCAUGUGAACAGUCCCAAGAGAUCCGCCGCCAUUGUCGCUGCAGUACCGGUCAACCCCUUCACCACACCGAACGCGUCCACCACAAAAGUGAACGAAAACUACGAUGCCGAGAAGAAUGGCGCCCUCGUCAAUGACCGACUUACUGCGCCGUACGACGAGAAGGGAACGCCGAGCUGGCCGCUCAUUACUGAUGGGCCCGAAGACGAUGACGACAUGCACAUGCCCCUUCCAGACGACGAUAUAAAGUUCAAGCCAAAGCUGAGAGACCAUUUCACCAGAGCAACCAUUUGCUCCACUGUUGGACUUUUUCUCAUGGUUCUGGGGCUUCUCUUCAUCUUCGUCGCUCUUCCGGUGAUGAGCUCUGUCGGCAUUAUUGACUACAACUCCAUGUAUGGAACGCCGAUAGAUCAGAUGCCACACUAUUUUCCUCAUGAGGAGACCUGGGCCACAGUGAACUUGCGAGACUAUCCGCUGCUGCAAAAUUUCCGAAGAACUUUGAUCGAUCCCGACACACCGGACAGCGCGAUGAAACUGACCGGCGAGUUUGGAGACGAAUUUGAACUAGUUUUCAGUGACGAGUUCAAUGACAAUAACCGCACUUUCUAUGAGGGCGACGAUCCGUACUGGUAUGCGCCUGACAUCUGGUAUGGUGCAACUCAGGAUCUUGAGUGGUUCGAUCCAGACGCCGUUACUACCUAUGAUGGUGUACUUGAGCUCCGCUUGGAUAAAUUUGUAAAUCAUGGCGUUAACUUCCGGUCGGGCAUGCUGCACAGCUGGAAUCACGUAUGCUUCAAAGGCGGAAUCUUUGAGGUUUCCGUGUCCCUCCCCGGGCCAGCUGCCAUUCCGGGACUCUGGCCAGGAGCAUGGACAAUGGGAAAUCUUGGACGGCCCGGCUACCUGGCCACAACAGAAGGCCUGUGGCCAUACACCUAUCAGGCUUGUGACGUUGGUAUUACUCCGAAUCAGUCGAGCACCGACGGCCUUUCAAAGCUACCAGGACAGCGACUGAACUCCUGCACUUGCCGUGGUGAAGAUCACCCUACCCCGGGCACAGGGCGGGGAGCACCCGAGAUCGACAUUCUAGAGGCAGGUGCAAGUUGGGGAGGACUGCCCAUCGCAACACAGAGUUAUCAAGUGGCGCCCUUUGAUAUAUGGUGGUACCCGGAUUACGACUUCACUGCAUUCCCGGACUACUCCCUUAGUUACACGAAUGGAUACACCGGCGGGCCGUUCCAGCAGGCCAUCUCCGCUACCACCAAUCUCAAUAAGGAUUGGUACGACGGCAAGGCUUACCAGAGGUACUCUUUCGAAUAUGCACCGGGCGAAGGCGAAGAUGCCCACAUCGUAUGGAAGGUUGGUGGGCAGACCACUUUCAUGAUGGAUGGACGUGCCAUCGGGCCGAAUGGCAACAUCAAGUCACGCCAAGUAUCAGAGGAGCCCAUGUCCAUGAUUCUCAAUCUUGGUAUCAGUGAGGCGUGGACGUUCAUUAACUGGGAGAAGCUUGUAUUCCCAGCAGUUAUGCGAAUCGACUAUGUGCGAUGGUAUCAGAAGAAAGGCCAACAUAUGGUAACUUGCGAUCCUCCGGGUUUCGAGACCACCGAGUACAUCAAGGAUCAUAUGUUGGCUUAUACGAAUCCAAACCUGACCAAAUGGGAUCAGACUGGCUAUGGUGUUCCCAAGCAUAAACUCAAUACCGAUUGCUAACACAGAAUUCACCGAAUGUUCCAAUCACAGCGACGAUCGGGUAUCCCCAGGAAUUGCAAGCAAGCAACUACCUGUCACAUCGAUAAAUGAGUUGGCAAUAACUUUU